GUCCUUGGGGGGGAGGGGCGGGUAUUCCCUUAUAUGUCCCUCACUAGGAACCUCCCAGAGGGAGCUCUUAUUUGAGAAAGGCAAUUCUUAGUGUUGUGUGUCCUCUCCUAAUCUUCCAGAAUACGUGUUUUGAGAUUAUUUUGGAAUUGCCUUUGUAAGUGAAAGUGAACACCUCUCGUGUCCUGCCACUGGGGAGAGAAAAUGUUUUUGAGGGGGUAGGUGAUGCCAGUUUUAUAACACCCAUUAGCCUCGCAAGCUGGAGGAGCCACUGACCCCACAGCCCAUGUCAGCACGGGUCGGUCAGCAUUACUCUGGCAAUCAGAGUCCUGCCUGUUUUUAAACUGCCUAAUGUGGACUAUUUAUUCUGUUAGAACAAGCAUUGUCAUUUAGUAUUUUCACAUUUCAUUUUUCUAACUGGUGCUUUUGUUUGGGGCUGAGGAGGAAGAAAGGCGAUAACUUUUGCUGUAGUUUCUAAAAUUAGUUUGAGUGAUUUGGUUUUAGCCUGGGUACAGAAACGGAGCUACAUUCUGUUGUUUUUUUACUUGGCUGCAGUGACUUCACUCGGAGAUGACAAGCUGUCAUUGUAAGAGCUGUCGUUCCAUUUCCGUCUUCUCAGCAAAAUACUCCUCUGGUGUAGGAAUUUUUCAAAUAGAAACUAAUCGCAGAGUUUCCAGUUGACCACCAUUCAUAGGGAAGUCUCAAAACUACAACUAAAUUUGGAAAGGGUGUUUGUCACUUGAAAAUUACUCCACUGACAAGAUCUGAAGCAACUGACCCAGUGCAAUGGAAGAAUAUGUAAAAUGUUUCACACCUCAAAUAUUUUAUCAUGCUUGCUGCACAUAAAUGCAGAAUGAAGACAAACACAGAGAUGGUGUGUCUAAGAAAUUUCAAAAGGUGUCGGCCUCCUGAUUGAAGCACAGUCAACUUAUUGGAUUCAUUUUUUUUUUCAUCCAUUUCCGUACUCCUACAAGGGAAAGUCAUGAUUACGCUAACAGAGCUGAAAUGUUUAGCAGACGCCCAGUCAUCUUAUCACAUCCUAAAACCAUGGUGGGACGUCUUCUGGUAUUACAUUACCCUGAUCAUGCUGCUGGUGGCCGUGCUGGCCGGAGCUCUCCAGCUUACACAGAGCAGGGUUCUGUGCUGUCUUCCAUGUAAGGUGGAAUUUGACAAUCACUGUGCCGUGCCUUGGGACCUCCUGAAAGCCAGCGCAAACACAUCCUCUGAUCCUGGGACACCGCUCCCGCUUCCCCUGAGAAUCCAGAAUGACCUCCACCGACAGCAGUACUCCUACAUCGAUGCUGUCUGUUACGAGAAACAGCUCCAUUGGUUCGCCAAGUUUUUCCCUUACCUGGUGCUCUUGCACACACUCAUCUUUGCAGCCUGCAGCAACUUUUGGCUUCACUACCCGAGUACCAGUUCCAGGCUCGAGCAUUUUGUGGCCAUCCUUCACAAGUGCUUCGACUCCCCGUGGACCACGCGUGCCCUGUCCGAAACAGUGGCCGAGCAGUCAGUGAGGCCCCUGACGCUCUCCAAGUCCAAGGUUCUGCUUUCGUCCUCAGGGUGUUCAGCCGAUGUCGAUUCCAGCAAGCAGUCAUUGCCCUACCCACAGCCUGGCUUGGAGUCGGCCAGCAUCGAAAGCCCAACUUCUAGCGUCCUGGACAAGAAGGAGGGCGAACAGGCCAAAGCCAUCUUUGAAAAAGUGAAAAGGUUCCGCAUGCAUGUGGAGCAGAAGGACAUCAUUUAUAGAGUGUAUCUGAAGCAGAUCAUAGUGAAAGUCAUCUUGUUCAUCCUCAUCAUAACUUAUGUUCCAUAUUUCCUAACCUACAUCACUCUGGAAAUCGACUGUUCCAUUGACGUGCAGGCUUUUACAGGAUACAAGCGCUACCAGUGUGUCUACUCCUUGGCAGAAAUAUUUAAGGUCCUGGCUUCAUUUUAUGUCAUUUUGGUUAUACUUUACGGUCUCACCUCCUCUUACAGCUUGUGGUGGAUGCUGAGGAGUUCUCUGAAGCAAUAUUCCUUUGAGGCGUUGAGAGAGAAAAGCAACUACAGCGAUAUCCCUGACGUCAAGAAUGACUUCGCCUUCAUCCUCCAUCUGGCCGAUCAAUAUGAUCCUCUUUAUUCCAAACGCUUCUCCAUAUUCCUCUCGGAGGUCAGUGAGAACAAACUAAAACAGAUCAACCUCAAUAACGAAUGGACGGUUGAGAAACUGAAAAGUAAGCUUGUGAAAAAUUCCCAGGACAAGGUAGAACUGCACCUUUUUAUGCUAAAUGGUCUUCCAGACAACGUCUUUGAGCUGACAGAAAUCGAAGUGCUCAGCCUGGAGCUUAUCCCGGAGGUCAAGCUGCCCUCCACAGUCUCGCAGCUGGUCAACCUCAAGGAGCUUCAUGUGUACCAUUCGUCCCUGGUGGUAGACCAUCCAGCGCUGGGCUUUCUGGAGGAGAAUUUAAAAAUCCUCCGCCUGAAAUUUACUGAAAUGGGGAAGAUCCCACGCUGGGUAUUUCACCUGAAGAAUCUCAAAGAACUUUAUCUGUCGGGCUGUGUUCUACCUGAGCAGUUGAGUACCAUGCAAUUGGAGGGCUUUCAGGACUUAAAAAACCUGAGGACCCUCUACUUGAAGAGCAGCCUCUCCCGGAUCCCUCAAGUCAUUACAGACCUCCUGCCUUCUCUGCAGAAGUUAUCCCUUGAUAAUGAGGGAAGCAAGCUGGUUGUGUUGAACAACUUGAAAAAGAUGGUCAAUCUGAAAAGCCUAGAGCUUAUCAGCUGUGACCUGGAACGCAUCCCACACUCCAUUUUCAGUCUGAACAAUUUGCAUGAGUUAGACCUAAAAGAAAAUAACCUUAAAACCGUGGAAGAGAUCAUUAGCUUUCAGCAUCUCCAGAACCUUUCCUGCUUAAAGUUGUGGCACAAUAACAUUGCUUAUAUUCCUGCCCAGAUUGGGGCACUAUCUAAUCUAGAGCAGCUCUCUUUGAACCAUAAUAAUAUUGAGAAUCUGCCCCUACAGCUUUUCCUAUGCACCAAACUACAUUAUUUGGAUCUAAGCUAUAACCAUCUGACCUUCAUUCCAGAAGAAAUCCAGUAUCUGAGUAAUUUGCAGUACUUUGCUGUGACCAACAACAAUAUUGAGAUGCUACCAGAUGGGCUGUUUCAGUGCAAAAAGCUGCAGUGUUUACUUUUGGGGAAAAAUAGCCUGAUGAGUUUGUCCCCUCACGUGGGUGAGCUGUCGAACCUUACUCAUCUGGAGCUCAUUGGGCUUGACCCACACCAUUUUUUACUCUCUGCCUCCCUCUGCCGCUGAGAUGAGAAUAAAUCAAAUAACUUCAAAUAGAAGUUGACCAGCAUCUACUUCCUCCCCUGUUACUCCAUUUCUCCUUGCCUUGCCUUGAUCAAAUGCAGCUCCCAAGAUCUUGAGAAUUCCAUGGCCCCCAUUGAAGCUCAGUAACUCCAUUUCAAAUGAGAUGUUCUCAGAAAGCCUCAUGUAGCACCCGGCACCAGGACCAGACAUGUGGGUGCCCUGGGCAGGUAAGAAUUUGGCACCCGCUUUAAAAAUAUGCUUUGAGUAUUUAUUUAAUAUGCAUUUGGUAGAGAUAGGGGACUUGGUCUCCUAUUAGUAAAAAUCAUGAACUUUUGGUUCAACUGUCUAAUUAUUC